AAAAAAAUUUUAGAUUAUCUAUUAUUUAAAAAUGUCUACACCUUUAAUUGCUUUUCCGAAAAACACUUUUCGGUUUUUUACGCGCACUUAUGCAAAUUUAGCCGUUAACACAAAACUUAAUAUUCAGAAUACUAACUCAAAAGUUAAUGAACAAAACGAAAUUGACAAGUCUGAAAUAGAUAAGGAAAAAUCUUCUAGUAUCAUUUCUUCUAUAACAUCAGGGAUCAAUCCAACUUCACAAUGGACCAAAUAUCAUCCAAUACCAGAUCCUAAUUUCGAGGUCGUCUCUGCUGGAACUUUGGGUGCUUUACUCUUGGUCAAAAUUCCGCCAAGGUCAGAGAUAUUUGCAGUACCGGGAACAGCCAUUGCCGUAUCAGGCAAAGUUAUAACAGAACGCACCACAGACGGAAAUAUUUUUAUCGCUUUAGGUAGAAAGCUUGCCAGUGGAUCUUUGGUAUAUCAUAAGUUUAUUACAAGUUCGCAUCCUGGAGAUGUUCUUUUAGCACCUCGAAAUCUAUCGGACAUAGCUGCCAUAAAUAUGGAUGGUACAUCCGUGUAUUAUGUUAGAAAAGGGGCUUUUCUUGCACGUGGUCCUAGAGUCACAGUAAACGUUAGCCGAAUUUAUGGAAUGGGUUCAUUAAAUGCUUUUGCAAAUCGGGUUACUGGCAGAGGUACAUUAGCUAUCUCGAAUUAUGGUGCCAUACAUCGAUUGACUUUGAACCCAGGAGAUGAAUAUCUGGUGAAUGCAAAAUAUAUUCUAGCUUGGAAUUCAAAAACUAAGCCAAUACUAUCACCACCUUUGAUUACAUCAUCUUCUAUUGAUAGAAGCAGGCUAGUUAGGAAUGUUACUGCUAAAUUAUCAGAAAAAGCUAACAAUCUUUUUGAUCCAAUUCUUAAUAGUCCUUCAGUAAGACCAACACUUGAUAGACUAAAAAGAAUAUCAGUCCGAACCAGGAUAUGGAUGUUUGGUGGACCUGAGUAUUUGAAGUUGACGGGUCCAGGCGAUUUUUACUUGUCAUCAAGAAUAGAGCCUGUUUUAGGAGGGUUUAAAUCAUUAACAUCACCCUCUGUUGAAGAAAUUGUAGCAGCGGAUCCUGUACAAUUGGAUCAACAAAAUCAAUAUUUUCAAUCUCCGCCUUAUAUACCCAAAAUGUCAUAUGCCGUAGUAGCGAAUGAUGGAAAAGUAACUUUUAUAAAACCUCCCCAAAGUCAAUCAAAAUCUUCAUUCAGUAGUUCUUUAUCACCUCCACCUCCUCAACAAGAUAAAAAAUCAUCUCUUGGAAAAAUAGUUUCAGGAGACGGAAUGUUACAAUUAAGACGUUGGGUAAAAGGAGUAGUGGGAGGUAAUAAAGACGUAAGAAGAGAAUAAAAAAAAAAUGAAAUGAAACGUCGGACUUUGUAAAAAUUUAUAUUUAUAAUAGAAAGCAUGUAAAAUAGCUUAUUUCUCUGCAUUUAAUAAAUAUACUUUUUUAAUUUAGUGAUUGUCAGUUUGUCACCAUCAUUUAAUUUUUAUUACGUGACUUUCAUGAAAUUUGUCACCAAC